UUUCACAUUUGCAGAUAUCUAACAAUAAAUAAGUGAAUUAGCUUCUUCAACAUUUGCUUCUUGUAAAUCUGACUACCAUUUGAGAGGGAUUAUUAGCUUGAAAGUAAAGAGAAAAGUUGAAACAUCAAUCCUGUGGAAAUUGAAUCUGGCAUAAAUGGAAAAAGGAAAGGUAUGCCUAACAUUAGAGGAACAAAGAAGAAGAAUUAGUGAUCAUAUUGAUGAUUUCUUGAAUGGUUUGAAGAAAAUAAAGAAUGAAUUCAUUGCUUCAAAAUGGGAUGACAUUGAAAAGCUAAGAAUGGAAUUGAGAUUCCUAAGAACAUUUGUUCUGUUUGGGAAUUCGAAUUCGGAUAACUUUUAUCAGAGGAUGUCCAUGAAUACAAAAAAGUUUGAUGAACUUGCUUCCUCACUUUUCUAUGAAGAUGAAAAUAAAUUAAUCCUAGUGAAAUACAACAUGGAUAAACUUGCGCCUUACCUGAUCAAAGAAAUAGCAAGUAUUCUUUUGAGAUUAAAGAAUGUAGCCAUCAUCAUGACUGAGGAGAAUAUGCUUGAAUAUAGUAAGAGUAUCCUCAAGCACCUCCAUGAUCUACCAAAGUAUUGUUCUAAUUUGCUUCAACCCCUCAUGAGUGAAUACAGCAUUCUUCGGCAAGUAUGCACACAUCUCAGAGAUUUCUAUCAGUUGGAAUGCCACAAAACAACAAAAACAGAAUUUCUCUACGCUCGGUACCAAAUGACAGUUGAUAGAGUAACACAAUUCUGUUUUGAUCUUUGGACUGGAGUGUAUAAAGAAUAUUUUGGUAAUGAGUAUUAUUAUGCUUACUGUAAUGUCUCACAAUGCUCUUCCAAGAUCACUUCUCUACUCAUCGACAUAAUCCCUCUCGAGCUGGAGGUUCUAUACAUUUCUACUUCUAAGCUCAUCAAAGAAUCAACAUCAACUCAACUAAAACGGUUUGUGAAGCAAAUCCUAAAAGCAUCUCCAAGGAUUCUUCAAAAUUAUCUCAUUCAUCUCCAACGAAGCAUGGUAGCUGUCAAAUAUGCUCCAACUCAAAGCAUUAAUGUCAUGAUGGAGUUCCUAUUGAUCUUUCUCACUGAUAUACCAAAGCGCUUUAUCCAUCGUGAAAAAUUGAACGAUAUGUUGGCACAUGCUGGAAUGCUUACCAGAAAAAUAUCUUUUCUGGUGAGCAAGCUAUUGGAGGAGACCUCCGAAAAUAAUAUCAACGAAGCAGACUUUUCAGCUCCAGACUUUUUGCAAGAAAUUGAACAAAUGAAGGGAGAUAUCAGACAGAUUUUUUUAAAAGCCCCGAAGUCAUCUCAACUUCGUUUUCCUAUGGAUGAUGGUUUCCUCUUCAUGAAUCUUCUGCUCAGACAUUUAAAUGAUUUGCUCAUUGCCAAUGUCUCUUCAGUUACUCUGAUAAAGAAAGAAAUUGGAAUCGUGAAAGAAAGCCUUGAAUUCCUAACAUCAUCUUUCGGGAAAGUCAGGAAAACGUUGGAUGGCACUAGUGGAGUAGUUAAAGAUUGUUGGUUACGUGCUUUAGAUGUGGCAUAUGAGGCAGAACAUGUGAUUAAUUCCAUUCUUGUCAGAGAUAAAGCCCUCUCGCAUUUAAUCUUCUCACUUCCGGAUGUCACUGAUAAGAUCAUGCUUAUCGUGGCACAUGUCACCAGUUUACAGCUGGAGGAUAAGAAUGGGGAUGAACCCCUUGAUGCAAAGUCUUCCGACGAGCUAAUUGAGCCAACCUCAUCAUCUUUUGCAGAGGUAACAGUAGGUCAUGAGGAAGACGAAGCUUGGAUCAUUGGCCAGCUCCUUGAUGAACAUGAAUCCGAGCUUGAUGUCAUUUCCAUUUUUGGAAUGCCAGGAGUCGGUAAAACUACUCUUGCCAAUAAAGUGUAUAACAAUACAUUAGUUGCUAGCCAUUUCCAUGUUCGUGCUAAGUGCACUGUUUCCCAAAAG